AUGCACUCAAUGAAUCCCUUUCUUGCAUGUGUACAAUCACUCCUUACCCCACACCAAGCUAGCCACUAAUGAUGUAGAAGGGUAGUGACGCACACAUGACCCCAUCAGUCUAUAGCCACUCGAGCCCUUGCUUGUGGCUCUGCCCUAAUUGUGCUUCCAACCCACUUGUAUGCCCAACUAGCCAGCAAGUCCCCCUCUUUUUCUAUCAUUUUAUUUUUUAUUUUUUCCUUCAUUUAUCUCAAAAAUAGGAUUAUAAAAAUUAUAUUAAUUUUCAUAAAAUCACAUAAUUUGCUAAAAAAUCACAUUAACCAACUAAAAACUACUAUUCUCUUUAUUAAUUAUUAACUGAUGAUAAUGAAGACUUAUCAACUUCAAAUCUACUUGUAGGCUGACGUGACUCAGUCGUUGUAUGUUAAAUCACGCAAAUAUAAAAUUUAUAAAACUAGAAAAUACGAAUUUUCGGAUAUUUAGAAGUAUUUCUAAAUAAAUAUAUCAAUUAUAAUUCAAUAAAAAUUCCAAAAAUAGCAGUAAUUUUCCAGGUCGAUCACAGGGAUGUAAUAUUUGGUAAUUAUUCAGAAUUUUUCUCAAUGAAUACGAUUUUCUAUGAAUUUUAUACUAGGAAAUAAAAAGGAAAUAUAUUUAAAAUUCACGAAAAAGGGAAAUAAGGGUGCGGGCGUCAGGAUGACGUCAGCACCCGGCGAACGCGAAUCGGGCAGAAACAGAGUUCCGCCCGGCGAUUCUUACGUAAGCGAUUACAGACGAUUUAAUUAAUCAAAUUAAGAUCUGUAAAAGCAGGAAGAAUCGUAAUAGAACAAAGUAUAUUUUGGUAAAUUAAAAUCACAAAAACUAUCACUAAAUGAAGCGUAAAGUAAGUUGAAAGCAGGAAAACAGAGUUCUGGCGUCGCGACGGCGAUGCGUCGGCGAUGCACCGGAAUCCUGAGCGUUCGGGAGGAUCGUCGUGCAGUGUCCACGGCCUCGAAGGCUCUCCUUGGACAAAGACGACGUGGGCAAUCUCUAGAUAAAGCAGGAAAACAGAGUUCCGGCGUCGCGACGGCGACACGUCGGCGAUGCACUGGAAUCCUGAGCGUUCGGGAGGGUCAUCGUGCAGUGUCCACGACCUCGAAGGCUCUCCUUGGACAAAGACGACGUGGGCAAUCUCUAG